AUGUCUCUCCCGGGCUUGGAGCUGACGCAGCCCUCGGAGGAAAGGCACUUGGCCGUCGCCCCGCCGUCGCAAAUCGCAUUGAAGGCGGGCUCUGAAUGGCGCUUUGAAGUUGCAUUCGGCCAUAUCGUUAGAGUCAAACUCCUCUCCGGCACCGCCGAGCUAUUUGGCACUGAGCUCGCCGAAUCGCAGACAUACACCUUCUCCGGCACCAAGGCGGCAAUCUACACAUGGUAUGGAUGCGAAUUGGAAGUUACUGCUGGCGAGACUGGCGCUAUUACAUCUGAUGGAGUGACACCCGUGGCCGGUCAUGGCGCAGGCGGUUGCCAAAGCGAGUACACCGCGGAAGAGACGCCCAUGAUUGAAUACGCCAACCUUCAUUUCGCGCUGGAGUCAAUGCGUCAGGAAGCGCAAGGAUCGGGCAAGGAUGGUCCUCGGGUCUUAUUGCUGGGACCUGAUGAUGCGGGUAAGACGAGCUUGGCGAAGAUCUUGACGGCUUAUGCCACGAAGGCUGGUCGGCAGCCAAUGGUUGUGAACUUGGACCCGACUGAGGGUAUGCUCAGUGUUCCAGGUACUCUCACUGCAACUGCCUUCCGGACGAUGUUGGAUAUCGAGGAUGGCUGGGGCAGCAGUCCUAUGUCCGGACCGAGCCCUGUGCCUGUGAAGCUCCCGCUUGUUUACAGCUACCCACUUGCCAACCCUCUCGACGCCGAGGCCUCAGUCUACCGACCCAUCGUAUCACGUCUAGCCUUGUCGGUAACGGGUCGCUUAGCCGAAGACGAGGAAGCCCGUGAAACCGGCAUCAUCGUUGAUACCCCCGGCAUCCUCUGCUCAGGCAAACCAGGUAGUCUGGAGCUGAUCAAUCACAUCGUGACCGAAUUCGCCAUCACAACCAUCGUCGUUCUCGGAUCAGAGCGUCUCUACAGCACCAUGGUCAAGCAAUAUGACAACAGGCCCAGCGCCAGCGCCUCAGCCAAUAUCUUCGACGAGCGCAUUUCCGUCUUGAAACUGUCCAAAUCAGGUGGCUGCGUUGACCGCGACGAUGCAUUCCGCAAGGCUACCCGCGAGUCUCAAAUCCGUACUUAUUUCUUCGGCAAUCCAAUCCCCUCCACCGCAUCUGCGGCCCUCUCCCUCUCAGCAUCAUCCACAUCCGCCGUGACUCUCUCGCCCCACGCGCAAGUCAUGGACUUUGCCUCGCUAUCAAUCUUCAACUACACUGUCAUCUCCACUGAAGACGAAGACGAGGAUGAAUACGAUCCUUCUACUCUCGGCAUGGGCGGCUCAUUCGACGAUUCUACGACCCACCAUCAAGAAACAGAUCGCGCCGCGCCACUCCCAGGCAUAAUCGGCCUCUCGAACGAUGUACAUAACCCCUCCACCUCCAAUACCCCGAGCAACGUCCCACUCAAGAAAGUCCUGCCACCUGCACCCUCCGCCCUGGCCAAUACCCUGAUUGCAGUAACCCACGCUUCAACCACCGCCUCACCUGCCCAAGUCCGCGAUGCCAGCAUCAUGGGCUUCCUUUACGUUGCAGAUGUUGACGCAGAGAAGGGUAAGAUUCGGGUCCUUGCACCUGUUGGUGGAAGACUCCCACCGCGGGCAAUGAUUUGGGCUAAGCGUUGGCCUACGGAGGUUGUUGGGUUGGUCGGUUGA